GGUACGUCACAUCAUGAGUGUGUUGGGAUAAAGAGGCUUCAACUGGGGAUUUAAACUGAUGUCCACUGUCUAGACGACUACACAGGAAGCGAAGAAUUAAAUGCAUAGUUAUAUAGUCGACCUCUAUUCUUGGACUCUGUACUGCGUUAGCCUAUUACUGGACUGUGUUUUUAAUACCCGCUGUUCAUAGACAAUCAUGGGAACAGAGGAAGCUAGCGUAGACUGUUAGCAGCGAGAAUUCAGAAACCAAAUCCUUCAAGAGUCACACCCUAAUAUUCACUGUCCUCGCACCGGCCACGCGACUGCGGGUACAGAUGCCCAGCCCUGCUUUUCGGUCUGGAUUACAGCGGGACUAUUUCCUGUAAAGAUCUCUUUGCAAAACCAACUAAGAAGCAGCAAGAAAGUCAUGUAUGUCCGGUUUCAGUCUACUUUGUUGGGAGACAGAUAACGUUAGUCGGCUAGCUAGUGUGUGAUUAUCAUCACUCCUCUGGGCUUUUGGUGGAAGACCGAGGAAUAUGAGUUCACCGAUGUACACGUUUGUUUUGAGAGAUGACAACAGUACUGUAUAUGCUGAGGUCGCCAAGAUCCUCGCCUCUACUGGAAAAUGGAAACGACUGAAGAAGGACAAUCCUCGGUUUAAUUUAAUGCUGGGAGAGAGAAAUCGGCUGCCUUUUGGACGGCUGGGUCAUGAACCGGGACUGAUGCAGCUGGUGAAUUAUUACAGAGGAGCUGAUAAACUGUGCCGCAAAGCAUCACUGGUCAAGAUUAUCAAGACCAGUCCAGAGUUAAAGGACUCCUGUAACUGGCUCCCUGAGUCUUACAUCAUAUACCCAACCAACCUCAACACCCCAGUGGCUCCAGCCACCAAUGGCAUCAGCCACAUGAAGAGCAACCCAAAGACAGAUGAGCGGGAGGUCUUCUUGGCUUCAUAUAACUCCAGAAAGGAAAGCGGAGAGGGAACGGUGUGGAUCGCCAAAUCAUCAGCAGGCGCAAAAGGUGCAGGUAUAUUGAUAUCUCAUGAUGCAAACGAGUUGCUUGAGUUCAUCGAUAAUCAAGGCCAAGUGCAUGUCAUUCAGAAGUAUCUGGAAAAACCACUGCUGUUGGAACCGGGACAUCGCAAAUUUGAUAUAAGGAGUUGGGUGCUUGUAGACCAUCAGUAUAAUAUCUACCUGUACCGUGAGGGAGUGUUGAGGACGUCUUCUGAGCCCUACAACAGCUCAGAUCUGCAGAACAUGACCAGUCACCUGACCAAUCACUGCAUCCAGAAAGAGCAUUCGCAGAACUACGGCCGCUAUGAGGAGGGGAACGAGAUGUUCUUUGAUGAGUUCAGACAGUACCUGCUGACCACACACAAUGUUGCCAUGGAAACAUCUAUUUUACCUCAGAUCAAGCAUAUCAUCAGGAGCUGUCUUACAUGCAUCGAGCCAGCCAUCAGCACGAAACACUUGUCCUAUCAGAGCUUCCAGCUCUUCGGCUUUGACUUCAUGCUGGACGAGAGCUUUAAAGUCUGGCUAAUUGAGAUCAAUGGGGCACCUGCCUGUGCACAGAAACUCUACCCUGAGCUGUGUCAAGGCAUUGUGGAUGUGGCCAUUUCCACAGUGUUCUCUCUGAGCGCAGAUGCCCUCUCAUCCUCGCCUCCGUUCUCCACUUCUCCAUCUCUAUCCACCAACUCCUGCUCCUCACCCAAGAUCAGAGCGCCCCAUCAUUUCGGCCCAUUCAUCAAACUAUAAACUGCUAGAUGCUACUGUUGCCGUAUAACCCCCUCCCCAUAGUCCUGCCCGAAAACAUCAACCAGCCUAGGAGGCAUAAGGGUCUACACUUGAUCUUGGGGCUGAGCAUACAGGGGAUUCAUCACUGUCUGAAGAGGAUAGAAGGGAAAUGAGGUCACCUCUGUAAACUCCUCUUCUUGUUUCAAUCCAUCAUCUCUAAAGCAAACCCAGAAGAGUUCACGGAAGGAGCAAAGGAAGACUGGAAGGUGAGGAAAAUCCUCCACAUGCUGGUGUUGCAGUACCUAGAAAAGCCAAGCAUGUACAGUUAUUAUAAUUGAGGCUACAGUUGUUUGGGGCUUUAAUGCUCAAAAAAUGAUUUUGCAAGCACACAUUUGAAUGAGAAGGUGUUGCCACCAAAGAGGAGGGUUUACAGUAGCUACUUUACGUCCUAGGUCAAGACUCCUCAGGACAUUCCCAGGCACCUUGAUGAAACGGAGAAUAGAUUUGAGACUUUAGUGCCUUACAUAUUCACUUUCUCACUAACA